CGUUUUCGGGCUGCGGACAGAAGAAGACCGAAGAAAAGGAGAGAGAGAGAGAGAAUCCGAUGGAUGACGACGAUGGAGGAAGACAGGAGACGACGAUGGAGGAAGACUGCAUGAGUGCGCGCCCUAGUAUGAUGAGCGCGAGAACAAGGACACUAGUGGAAGCCAUUCACUCGAGCCCCACGCAGUCCGUCCUCUAUCUCGUCUGCGGAGCCUCUCAGGUCGUGGCGUGGCUGCUGUCGAUUCCUGGAGCAUCGAACACGGUCCUGGAAGCGGUGGUGCCCUACUCCAGAAUGUCGAUGAUCCAAUUGCUCGGCAAGAUUCCGAACCAGUUUUGUAGUGCACACACUGCUGAAGAAAUGGCUUUGUUGGCCUACAAUCGCGCUCUCAAGCUCUCAUCGCCAGGUUCCCCGGUUCUUGGUGUAGGUUUCACUGCUACUUUGGCUACCUCACGUCCAAAACUCGGAGACCACAGGCUUCACUUGUCAACAAGGACAUCCGACAGACUUUGGGUGUCAACAGUGACUCUUUCUAAGGGUCUACGAAAUCGAGAGGAAGAAGAUAUGGUUGCAAGUCAUCUUUUACUCAAGGCAAUUGCAAAUUCAUGCAAAGUUCCCGGGACAUUUGUUUCAGAGCUCACUGAAUCUGAAGUACCUGAUGAAUGUGAAAUGAAUUUUAGUGAAGAUGAAGAGUUGGAGCAACUUAUUAACGGGCAAAUAUGCUUUAAGGUGUAUCCAUUUUCAAGUGAACCACACAUGUUGACUGCAGAAAGGAAGAUAAUAUUGCCUGGUUCUUUUGAUCCAUUACAUGAAGGUCACAUGAAGCUCUUGGAGGCUGCUACUAGCUUAUGCGGCAAUGGCUAUCCAUGCUUUGAGAUUUCAGCAGUCAAUGCUGAUAAACCUCCACUUUCAGUAUCAGAAAUCAAAGAUCGUGUCAAGCAGUUUGAAAAAGUUGGAAAAACAGUCAUUAUAUCCAAUCAGCCAUUUUUUUAUAAGAAAGCUGAACUUUUCCCGGGCAGUGCUUUUGUGAUUGGUGCGGACACAGCAGCGAGGCUGAUUAAUCCGAAGUACUAUGACGGGGACUACAAGAAGAUGCUGGAGAUACUUCUUGGAUGCAAGAAAACAGGGACCACUUUUCUUGUGGGUGGCCGUAAUGUACAUGGUGUUUUCAAGGUUCUUGAAGAUUUUGAUAUUCCUGAGGAGUUAAGAGAUAUGUUCAUCUCAAUACCAGAGUUCCGCGUGGAUUUAUCAUCCACCGAAAUUAGGAAACAGGUUGGAAAGUAAAUAUCUCGCUGAAUAAAAUGCGAUACCAAGAACUAGAGUGUAUUCAUAUGUUUAAGAGAGGACAUAUCCUGUAAAAGUUGUACAUGGGAGGGACACGGUAAAAGUGACAUUGUUUUAAACCUAUUAUUGUGGUGUCAUGUGUCUAUACCUUUCAACAUAGCGUCGUGUGAUUGGUUAAUAACAUCGUCGUCAUCUUGCGUGUAA